UGGAGCGGUGCUGACAUGGCACCGCCUGCCGAUGACGUGCGCGGCCUGUUUCGCCAGGAACUCAGGUGGGGCCCGCAACUUCUACUGCGUAUUUUAAUAAUUUUCCUUGGCCGCCCCAAUUUGUCGUCUCUUGCGUCGUUCGCUCCUUCGCUUCGCCGUUUUUUUCUUCUGUUUUUUUUUUUUUCUUCUUUUACCCUUCUCCGCUUGAUAACCUCCACCAUCUUCUUCUCUUCGUCGUCGUCUUACACUUCUCCGUCCUCCUCGUCUCGCCUCAGCGCUUGCCUUGUCUUCGGCGAUCUAUUCUCGGCUAACCGGGGCGUUUCGAUCCCAAGAGGCGGCUCCUUUCGGCGGGAUCCGGCGUUUCGAUCCCAAGUGGCUGAUUUGGGAGCGAUUCGUGCAGGAUUCAGCUUCUCGAGCGCCGUCCGAAAGGAAAGGAGGCAGCUUGCUUCGCCUCUCUGUGCUUUCCUAAUUCGAUUUCUGAUUCUUGUCGGUACUGCUCCGUCUCUGCGCACGAUGGCGGGAAGCAACGAGGUGAACGCCAACGAGUCAAAGAUGGUGGUUCCCCUCCACACAUGGGUUCUCAUCUCCAACUUCAAGCUGGCCUACAACAUGGUCCGCCGCCCUGAUGGCACCUUCGAUCGACACCUAGCCGAAUUCCUCGACCGCAAGGUCCCCGCCAAUGCCUCACCAGUCAACGGCGUCGUCUCCUUCGACAUCCUCAUCAACCGCGCUAGCAACCUCCUCGCGCGCAUCUACCGCCCCGCACCUCCCAACUCCUCUCACCCCGCCACGCCCCUGGCAGGUCUUCACCACCCUCCCUCGCCAGACCCGUUCCCCGUCAUCAUCUUCUACCACGGCGGCAGCUUCGCCCACUCCUCUUCCAACACUGCCAUUUACGACUCCCUCUGCCGCCGCUUCGUCUCCCUCUGCGGCGCUGUAGUCAUCUCGGUCGACUACCGGAGAUCACCGGAGCACAGGUAUCCCUGCGCUUAUGAUGACGGAUGGGAAGCCCUCAAGUGGUCUUCCACUGAACCAUGGCUCCACAGUGGCAAGGAUUCUAAGCUUCGGGUCUUCCUCUGUGGUGACAGCUCCGGGGGCAAUAUUGCUCACCAUGUAGCUGUGAGAGCCGCAGAGUCAGGGAUCGAUGUGUCAGGCAACAUUCUUCUCAACCCCAUGUUCGGUGGAAAUCGCCGAACCGACUCCGAGGUGAGGCUGGAUGGGAAAUACUUCGUCACCAUUCAGGACAGAGAUUGGUAUUGGAAGGCAUAUCUCCCAGAAGGAGCUGACAGGGAUCACCCAGCCUGCAAUCCCUUCGGCCCAAACGGUGGGACUCUCAAAGAGCUUCCGUUCACAAGGAGCCUCGUCAUAGUUGCGGGCUUGGAUCUUGUCCAGGAUUGGCAAUUGGCCUAUGUUGAGGGAUUAAAGAAGGCAGGCAAAGAUGUGAAGCUUGUGUACCGUGAACAGGCCACAAUUGGGUUCUAUUUGUUGCCAAACACUGACCAUUUCUAUGAGGUAAUGGAGGAGAUUAAGAACUUUGUCAGUUCUAACCUAUAGUCCACAUGCAGCAUGGCACAACGUAAAAUGCAGGUAUAUAAGCUCUAUAUUACAUAGAAUCUAAAGUUGGCAGUCGAUGCAGCUGUGGUGUUUGCUACCUUUGCUGCUUCUUUGUUUACUUUGGUUGUUCGCUAGUGUCAAAGCAUUCACAGAGUUCAGACGAGUUAUUCUCAUCAAGGAGCUGUAUUAUAGAUAACUUUGUCAAAGGUGGAAUGACUGUUUCUUUUUUUUUUACAUCUUUCUACUGAUGUAGUAUUUUGUAUGCCUGAUCCAGUUCCUCAAAUUUGUGAGGUUGGAAGAUGGUGCUGAUUUUAUAGGUAACACAGUUUAUGUAAGAACUGCAGGUUAUCUUCUUUCUUUCCUGAGGUUUUAUCAGUGUUA